AUACAUAAAAAAAAUAAAAAAAAAAUGGCUAAAUUUCUUAAAUAUGGUAGAGUAGUAAUUAUUUUAUAAGGAAGACUUGCAGGAAAAAAAGCAGUAGUAGUGAAAUCAUUAGAAGAAGGAAACAAAGAUAGAAAAUUCGGUUUUGCUUUAGUUGCUGGAGUUGAAAGGCACCCCAAGAAAGUAACUAAGAGAAUGGGUUAAAAAAAAAUCGAAAAAAGAACUGUUAUUAAACCUUUUGUAAGAUAUGUAAACUUAAACCAUAUAUUACCUACAAGAUAUUCAGUUAAAGAUCUUUGUGAUUUCAAAGAAAUUGUUAAAGAAGAUAAAUUAAAAAGUGGUGGAAGAAAAGAAGUUAGAUAAGCCUUGAAAGAAUAAUUCUAAAAAAAAUACAGAGAUUAUAAUCCUUCUGAAAAGAAUGCAUCUCAUGUCAAAUUUUUCUUUUCUAAAUUAAGAUUUUGAACAAUUUUUUUUUUUUUUUUCAAUUAAUAAAAAAAAAAAAAAAAAAUAACAUUUAAAAUAUAAUUUAUUUUUAAUGUUUUUUAUUUUUUAUUAUUAAUUUAAAUAUCCUAUUU